UUAGUUCCCAAACAACUGAGUGUAAAAGGUACACUGACAGUUCAGAACUGUGAAACGAAGCAAUACUUCACAUUGAAUAAUGACCAAAUAGCCAUCUUAGCUGUAAUAGGCACCAUGGCACUUCUCCUAAUUAUAGGAACAUCUCUAGACGUUAUUACUCGAAUCAGGCAAGGAAAUGAUCCUGAACCUUUGUCCAUCACAAAAAAAAUGUAUUACAAAUUCCUGGUGUGUUUCUCCGUGUACAGCAACUACCUAAAAUUAAUCAACGUAAAAACUAACGAAAAUAACCGACACCUUGGUGCAGUCAACGGACUCCGAUUUAUUACAGUCACGUGGGUUAUUGUCGGUCACACCUAUCUUUACGCUGACUAUAAUAUGAUGAAGCAAGCAAACAGAUUACAAUUUCUACCUCCUGAUUUUCCUUUCCAAGUCAUUGCUAAUUCCAUGUUAACUGUGGAUACUUUCAUCCUCAUGAGUGGUAUGCUGGUCACAUAUAGUAUUCUCAAAGCUCAAGAGAAGAGGAAAGGUCUCAACAUUCCUAUGUAUAUAUUCCACCGUUUCUGGAGACUUACUCCUCCGUAUGCCAUGAUGAUAGCAUUCCUGAUCCUCAGCCCCAUCUUGGCUUCUGGUCCCGUGUGGAAAAUAACUCUGGAUCCCUUGAUAAAGAACUGCAAAGCUAACUGGUGGACAAAUCUUUUAUAUGUCAACAACUAUGUUAAUGCAUACGAUUUCUGUCUGGAACAUACGUGGUAUCUAGCAGUGGACAUGCAGUUACAUAUUCUGGGCCUGUUUGUCCUGUUGCCUCUAAUAAAAUGGCCUAAACUUGCAGCUGUUGUGGGCGUCAUCAUAACUGUUGGCUUUUCCGCUGUUGCUGCUAUAGUAAAUUUGAUUCAUGAUUUGCCGCCAAGUCCACUUGGUCUUUUCCCAGAUCCCGAUGAUAGAGUUUAUGUCGAAGUACCGAAUUAUUUUAAACCUUACGGUCACGUUGGACCUUACUUCGUUGGCGUACUUCUCGGUUACAUUCUGGUCAAAAAGCCCAAAAUACAGAUACCUUUGUCUCUCAAUAUUGCCGGGUGGAUAUUCUUUACUGCAUUGGAGCUGACUAACAUCUACGGAGCCUACCCCUGGAACAAUGGCAAUGUCCCAGGACCAUCAGUUUCCGCUUUGUAUGCAGGCACAUCAAAAACAGUCUGGGCUUUGGGCAUCUUUUGGGUACUUUUUGUAUGCAUCACGGGUAAUGGAGGAAUUGUAAAUCGCAUACUUUGCUGGAAAUUUUGGAUCCCCAUGGCCCGGUUAUCUUACGUAUUCUAUCUCGUCCAUCCUUUAGUCAUCUGGGUUCAUGAAGCUUUUGCCCAUACAAAAAUGUACACCAGCCAUUAUUUUUGGAUAUAUAGCAUGUUAGGUCACUACAUGGUUUCCAUGGUUCUAGCCCUCAUCAUUAGCUUGUCCUUCGAAGCACCGUUCUUGGCCAUGGAAAAGAUAAUCUUCGGCGGUGGAGGUGGACGAGGAGAAAGUCGAGCUGAGGACAACCGAAAUGGCAACAAGAGGGGCCAUUCCACGCCUCCAGCCAAGAAAGUUCCAGAGCUGCCCUCAUACGAUUCAGAAAUGAGAUCGCGAACCUUUAGCACAAACACCAAGCAGCCCACCACUGAUGGCCAUAACAACGGUGUGUAUAGAAAUGGCAGUGAAGGUCUUUACAGAGCCACGAGAGAAAAUGGAGUUGGUCAGUACAGAAAUGGGGUAGACAAUGGCUCUUUUUGUCGACUAUGAAGAAAACGAUAAAAGAACUGCAAAUUUUCACAGUGACUUCUUAAAUAUAUUCAGGCGUUAGAAACCAUCUAUGUUAGACUACAUUUUUUGUAUAUUAAUCUCAUACGCAGCAUCGCAUUACUCUUAAAUAUGUUGUGCAAUAUUUUACGUGGCACGUAAGGGUAAAAUGUUUGUGCAUCAAUUAUAAAGUUAUUUUUGACGUUCACAUUGAGGAAAUGAAGUGUAAAUGACAGUAGUGUCAUACAGAGAAAUAGAACUAAAAUCUUACAUUCUUCGUAGUGAUAGAAAGCAAAAGAAAUAAAGCAAAGAAGUAAGUCCUUUGUAAAAUAAAAAAUUAUUGCUUCGUCAAGUACCUUACUUUUACUUUCAAUUUAUUUACUUUCGUUGAUCAAUAUUUUAGGUAAGGAAUUAUUGUGAUAUAAACUCAUCAGAUAAAAAAGGCUUAUUUAAAACGUUGCCUAUCUUUUUGUAGACAUUAGUACAUGUCAUUUGUUAUUGAUAUAGUAUCAAAAACUGAUUUCAUUAGCAGCAGCUGAUAAACAAAUAAUUUAAAGGCUACAUGGAAGAACGUGAACAUUUUUAAAGAAGCGAGUUUUACAUUACUUAAAACCUUCUUAAUGAUGCAUUGGUUUCUUCUUUUUAGCUGAUUUCAGUUGCUCACAAUUUAAAAAAUUGGAUUUAAUUUCAAUUUACACUGGAAAUUAAUACCGCAUAAGCAAUUAGUUUAAAAUAUACGAGCAAAAUACCAUAGAAGCUAGUUAUAAAAACUCUAUUUGACAUAGAACAAAUAUAAUGCACGUUUGGAAAUGUUUUUCAUGGAAAAAAUAACUCUACCAAAUAUUCCAUAAAUUUAUAUUUUAAAAAGUGGUAUAUGUAUAGUUUGAUUGAAAUAUUAAAAGUUUAGCUGAUAGUGCUGAAACUAUAGUGUAUUUAUUUCUGUAGAAAACAUGUUCGAAAUGUCAUAUGGAUGUUUAGAAGUGCGGUAUGCUUUAGAUAUUGAUUUCUCGGAGAUUUGUAUGUUGCUUAAAAGGAAUUUCUAAAACCCUUUUAAUUAUGCCUUAUUACUAAAUAAUAUUUAUUAACAUUCUAAUUAAUUUUUCGUAUUUCUUUUUUUAAUGUCUAUCAAAUUUGUUUGGAAUGACAUAAACUAAGAAUUCGAAUUUUCCUUUUAUUAUUUAACCCUGCGUUAGGCGCUACGUUUGUAUUGCACAAUUAAACGCGGGAGUCACAGGUGUCACCCACCUAUUAAAGUAUAUCUAGAAUAAGGAAAAUCAUUUUUAUGCUAUUGCCUCCCCAAGAAGCACCAACAAUUAAUGCUUAGCUGCUGAACGGCGCGACUUCGAAGAUGAACACAAAGGGCUGCAAACCUGCGACAAAUAUCACUGGGGACACCUGUCAGCCAAGCGCUUAAUCUAGGGUUAAUUAGUGCUCCAGGUUUGAAUAAGCAUAGGGACCAUCCCAAAUAUAUUUGCUGUUUAUUUAAUUUAUUAUUAUUGUUAUUUUUUGCAGUGCGACUUCUUUACUGUAAACUACAUAUUCGGUAUGCGAUUCAUUUCCCAGCUAUUGUUUGACAAUAGAAGGGCAUUAAUUUUAUUUUUCUCGAUUGUUUCCCCAUUUUAGAGUUAUGAUAUGAAGCAACUAAUUUACAUUUGGAAAUUAGUUGUAGUAAGAAAGGAUCGUAUUUUAUUUUGAUAGUUAAAGAUAUUGAUCUUUUUGCUGUUUCUCUCUACCACACACACACAGUUUCUGAAUAGGUCUUAGGAACCAAACCAUAUAGGCUGUCUGGCGCCUAUUGAGUCCAAUUAGCAUGAAUAUACCGCAUUAGUCUCUUUUAAACUUUUUAUAUGACUUUCAAACAUUGACUGGUCAAAAAUUCAAAUUUAUAUAAUCAUUCUUGUCAAGCAAAAACUAUCUACGCCUCAGAACUACUAAAUUAUUUAAAAAUCACAUUUAAAACUUCAUCGUCUUUUUUGUUUCUAUAGCGUAGUUUUGCGUAUAUACACAUAAAGGUAUCAAUUUAAUAACGUCAUUUAUAAUUUUUUCAGUAGCCCUUUCAAAAAAGAGAUAUUCCAGUUUAAGAAUUGAGCUUUUAAUGUAACUUCUUAGAAACGUAACAUUAUUUCGUUAAACAGAUGGAAGGGAAAAGUUCUUACUUUCACCACUCCCAUCUGUAUGUAAACUGAAAAUUAAUAAAAUAAUCCUUAUUUCUGAAUUAAAGACCAGUAUAAACCUUUCCAUUUCAGCAUAUCUCAAAUAUAUUGUAGAGUGUUUUUACGUUUCUGUAGUUUUGCAUUAAAUCUUGACUCUUUGAUAUCGUUCUUUCGUUUCAUAUUAUACACAAUUUUUGCAAACUUCACAAAAAAUCACUCUUUUAUUUAUUUAUUUUACACAACAGUUUUACUGUACCGAAAUAUUGCUCUUCAGUAAAUUAAAGGAAAAAUAUCUGCAAUUAAGCAAACUUGGUUUUUAAAUGCUCAUAAAACUCACUUCAGUAUAUUUAAUAAAUUAUCAUGGUUACGUGAAGAAUGACGACUAUGUCAUUUACAUAUUUUUGUAUAUAGCUAAAAAUUAUAUACAUAUAGUGUAUAUGUAUACACACACAUUACAUGUACUGGAAUCUUUUAAUUUUAUAUACUUAUCAUUUUUAUACUUUUCAAUGUUAU